AUGGACGAUACGGCCACCACCUCCGCAAUCCUGGACAUUCUGUCUUCAAUAUGCCUCUCUUCAGGACACUCCAAUGUCAAGAAGCAUGUCUCGCCUUCCUCUUUACGCUCGCAUCUUCCACACGUUUUGCCCCAAUCGACUCCAAAAUCUGUGAACAAAAGGAAAUUGUCAAACUCUUCGGACCCGCUCAUACUGAACAAAUCGCCAAAAGUCAACAGAAGCGGAGGAACAGACCCAUUCAACAAGAAUACGCUUGAUGAGCGAAUCAACUCGUUCAAUAUCCUUAACUGGUCCUUCGAGGACGAUAAACUGAAUCCCCUCGAAUGCGCGGUGAACGGCUGGCAAUGCCACAAGCGAAAAAACGAACUUCUUUGCCACUACUGCAAUGCGGUAUUGCUGAUCCGCUUGAACGAACAGAAUGACAAGAAUAAAAUCGUUACAAACUUUCUGUUUGUGGAAGACGAGGAAGCAGAAGAGCAGUUUUUCAAGGUGCGCGAACAGCUGAUAAGCUCGUAUCUUCGUCGGCUACGUACAGAUCACUAUCCGGGGUGCAUGUGGAGGAACUCCAAUUUGGAUAUAGAGCUGGUCAGAAAGCAAUACCAUCUCAAGAUUAGUGACAUGAAUGAAAUAUUAGAGCAAUAUCAAGGUAAUCUUGAAAACCUGAUCGAUCACCAAGACAUUAUUAUGCUGAAAAGCUACACCACAGACAUAGUAAAUAAGUCGCAAAUUGAGAUUUUGCAAGCUUAUAACUCAACAAACUUGAUACUUUCCAUGGUUGCUCUUUUUGGAUGGGAGCUAAAACAACAGAAAUUUGGAUCAAAGAAUUUGGCACUCCUCAAAUGUCAUAAAUGCACAAGGCGAAUACUGCUGGGGGAAUCUGAAAAUCUUGACCACACGGAGCCGCUCAAGUCUGUCAGCUAUCCAGCCGAGAUUAGCAAUGAAGACUCUGACAUCAACCUGCUCGCAGAACAUGAACACUGGUGCUGCAUGGUAACUGAAUUUAAUAACUUGAAAGGAUAUGAAGUGGUGUUGAGAAUCCUGCAAAGCGUGUCUUUAUCGGACGGCUACGAAAGCAUGGAGGUCGAGCAAGAUCAUUCGUACACUUUCGACUCCACGAUGGCGCUUCUUCGUGAGUUCAGCUAAACAUAUCAAGCAUAAACCAUAAUCAUCAUAAUACUACUUAAUUUCUCUUUUGGUACACGUCUUCAGGAUUCAAAAGCGUGCCAAACACACGAUCCCAGAAUUUGCUGGUGACACCAAAACCAAGCUCAUAGUUUUUAUAAUGGUGCUCCAAAUGGUAAGUCUUGAGAUCCUGGAGGUAUUUUGGGAGCUUGGCAUGAUGGAGAAUAUAAUGAGUGCAGUCAUAAAGAAUAUAGCCAAGAAAUCCUCCAGCGAAUCCGGAGCAGGCAGCAUAGUAAGGCAAAAUUGCAAACACAAGCUUGUAGAACGGAUAGCACAAAACAAUAAAUAGUGUUGGUGGCAUCACCAGUCUUUUCUUGUCCAUAGGUAGGUAGUGGUGGACACCGUGCAACAGAAAGUGAACAGUAAAUGCAAGCUGGUGUUCUGGAAGGUAGUUAUCAAUGUGGAAAAGGAACCGAUGCAUGACAUAUUCAAUCAAAGUCCACACGAAUAGACCCAGAGCCCAGAGAGCCAGUGCCAAGAAUUUGUUCUGGUUGACAAAUCCGAUGUAGAAAACGUAGAAGUUGACUGGAAGCCAAAUAAGUGGAACCACAUACCAAGGUGUCACCGAAAGAGGCUCCAAAAAGUUUCCGAAAAGAGGGGCCGAGCCUUUUCCGUAGUGUCUAGGUCUGUGAACCUGGUCAAGGUAAAAUUCCUUGGUCCAGUUGGCAGUGAGGACCUGAAUCAGUAACGGUUUGUUGAGAUCCAAGAAUUUGUGCUUUCUAUAAUCUUCGUCAACAUCUGUCCUAACGCUCAACAGCUGCUCCGAAGGCAGCUCACCAAAUUCAGUCAAAUCAAUUGUGUCCGGAAUCACUUCCAUGUUCUGAUGCUUAGAAAGAAGUUCCUCUUCCUCUUCUGGUGUAGCCAAGUAUCCGAUAAGCAUUUCGUCAUUCAACAUCUCGUAGACGCUCUCGGAAUGUGUGUGACUGCUAGGAUCGGCAAGAAUUUGGGUGAUGUCUUUGCCAGCAUAUUCCAAAAUUAGUUCACUGCCGGCCGGGUGUUCAUCAAGAAAGUUAGUGACAUCGUAGAUAUUUCUAUUGUAAAGAGUCACCCAGCAUGACUUAACAGUAGUAUGGGCCUCAAACUGUUUGCGAGACACGAGUGGCAAACGUCUGUUAUUCAUCGGGCUAUGAUGUGAAAAAAGAUCACGCUAUUUUCUUAUAAGCGAGGGAGAACAAGCAAAUCAACACCGAUGACGUUGAAAUACGGUGACAGAUGUUUGUAUGAGGUGCAAAUCAAGAGUGACUAGAUAAUUUGGAAUCAAGAACGGUCCUUGAUUUUGUUUCUUGAUGAAUAAAUUUCUGCUGUUUGUUUGUAUUCGCUCC